CAAAAUAAAGUAAUAAACCCAUAUCUAAGCAUAUACCCACUUCAAUCCUUAACCAAUUCGGAACAAAUCAAUCUUGUUUUCAGAGUAAGUCCCGUAUCUUAGCCAAGUGCGUCAUGUCUGUGUCAGCCGUUGUUGCGAGAAAACCACCGAAACGCACUGAUAGACUCAAAAGGUUUGCCAUCCCAACAAAGACAUUACAAUUGUUCCCACAAUUCAAUGGUCAUAAAUUCGUGCCAGUGAACCUUUGGCAAGGCCCAAUCAUUUGGUCUAUGGUCAUAUCCACUCGCACGCAUGGCUACAAAAAACCUGUAAUCUCCAAGGGUUGGAUACCCUUUGUCCGCAAAAAUCAGUUGGAGGUCGGUGAUGUAGUCACAAUCUUCAGGAACGAAGACGAAACAGGAAUCUGGUAUCGGAUUGAGAUCGAGAGAGGGAGCAAACCACUUCCUGCUCUGUAUAAUGACCUUCAAGUGCAGCAGGUGACAAUAUUUCCGAGCAGUAAUGUCAAUAUAGGAGUUGCAGACAGCAACGUCUUAAUGGCACCCAGGCCAACUCCAGUUGCUGUGCCAACCAUCCACAACAGUAAUGUCAAUGUGGAGGUUGCAACUAACAUCCUUGCCAUCAAAGAAGAGACGCAACUGACCCCUGCAAAUGUUCCGCCAAUUGCCCAGAAGGCUGAAGAGCUCAGUUUGAAACCCGAUGACAUGAAUUUGGGGUUGACACUUCCCUUUCUGGUAGAAGUGGAACUCAAUAGCACUGCAGGCUUGCUGCAGCAAAUUGCCCAUCCAACCCACUAUGAUACUGAUAUAACCAAUUUGGACGAUCAAUUUCCUCUGAACUUGAACCUGACUCUGGCACAACCUGUGGUGGCUUGCGAAGGAUAUCAGGCACCUUCGAUGGGGUUGUUUGGAACUGAGACGGACAACUUCAACCAAGGGAUUGUUGUGAAUUUAGAUCUUACUCUUGCACCGCCCAAAAUAAAUUAGGUGCCUUUAUUUGCCUUCUUUUGUUUGCUUGCGCACUCUUACCUUUACUUACUUCUCCCACAGAUUAGCCAAAAGGGUGAGAUAUCUCUCUGGGGAGGAAGUUUUUUAAUAAUGUGUUGGUUUCCUUCUUUCUUUUUCUUGAAUAUCCCCGACAUGUAGUGCUGAAGUUAGUUUAUAUUUACUUGGAAUAGUAAUGUACAUAUCCUUAUCUGAGGACUAUGCACAUUCUGCAGAAAUUAAAAAAUUCCAAUCACA